GUCGCUCCACCCUCUUUCUCUCCCCGCUCCCAGCUGGUUGAGGUGUAACAGUUCUAUCGGUCGUCCCGAAUCCGGGUUCAUCCGACACCGAGACCGGUCUGUGAGAAGCGGAACCGCCCAGUAACCGGCAGCCAUGCCUCCCAAAUUCGACCCCACCGAAAUUAAAGUCGUGUGUCUGAGAUGCACAGGAGGGGAAGUUGGAGCCACCUCUGCAUUGGCCCCUAAAAUCGGACCCUUGGGUUUGUCUCCCAAAAAAGUCGGUGAUGACAUUGCCAAAGCCACUGGAGACUGGAAGGGGCUGAGAAUUACAGUCAAACUGACCAUUCAGAACAGACAGGCACAGAUUGAGGUCGUCCCAUCUGCCUCUGCUCUGAUUAUCAAGGCCCUGAAGGAGCCCCCUCGUGACAGGAAGAAGCAGAAGAACAUCAAGCACAAUGGCUCCGUCACCAUGGAGGAAAUUAUCAGCAUCGCCCGGCAAAUGCGGCACCGGUCUCUAGCCAGAGAGCUCUCUGGAACCAUUAAAGAGAUUCUGGGCACGGCACAGUCCGUUGGCUGCAACAUUGAUGGAAGGCACCCACACGAUAUCAUUGACGAUAUAAACAGUGGUGCGAUGGAAUGCCCAGCGAAUUAAACCUGCUGUGUAGAAGAAUUAUCUACAAUAAAGAACAUUUUCUCUA